AGUUGAAAAUGUAAGCAGGUUGGGUCUAUUUUAUGGCGGAAGGAGACACUGUGGAAAGUAGUACCGGUAAGUUUAGACUGGAUAAGUUGUGACAGUGGCGGUGAAGUCACUCAGAAGUUCCUGCAAGCGUUCAUUGCGUGAGGACAUCUCUAUAGCAGACACAGCUCCAGCCAUGUCUCAGACUAAAGAUGCGGGCUCUGCCCUCUUCAAGACGCAGCAGUUGCAUGCUGCUAUGACAGACACCCUCCUGGAGCACCUGUGCCUGCUGGACAUCGACUCUGAGCCCCCAGUGACCCGCAAUACAGGCAUCGUCUGCACAAUCGGACCUGCCUCUCGAUCUGUGGAGAUAGCAAAGGAGAUGAUCAAGACCGGCAUGAACAUUGCACGUAUGAACUUCUCCCACGGAUCACACGAGUACCAUGCUGAAACCAUCAAGAAUGUGCGUGAAGCCGCUGAGAGUUUUGGACCUGGUAGCAUUGAGUAUCGUCCUUUGGCCAUUGCCCUUGACACCAAAGGGCCGGAGAUCAGAACUGGACUUAUUAAGGGCAGUGGCACUGCAGAGGUAAAUCUGGUCAAAGGUGAGAUGAUCAAGGUCACUUAUGAUGAGAAGUUCAUGGAUAACUGCGAUGAGAAGACCCUGUGGCUGGACUACAAGAACAUCACCAAGGUGGUGCAGAUAGGCAGCCAUGUUUACAUUGAUGAUGGUCUUAUAUCACUUAAGGUUAAGGAAAUUGGUUCGGAUUUCCUGAUCUGCGAGAUUGAGAAUGGAGGUAUGUUGGGCAGCAAGAAGGGAGUGAACCUGCCUGGCGCUAGUGUCGACCUGCCCGCUGUGUCCGAGAAGGACAUUAAAGACCUUCAGUUUGGUGUGGAGCAGGGUGUGGAUAUGGUUUUUGCAUCCUUUAUCCGCAAGGCAGCUGACGUGCAUGCCGUCAGGAAGGUGCUCGGAGAAAAAGGCAAGAAGAUCCUAAUCAUCAGCAAGCUGGAGAACCACGAAGGCGUGCGAAAGUUUGAUGAGAUCCUGGAGGCUAGCGACGGCAUCAUGGUCGCCCGUGGAGAUCUAGGUAUUGAGAUUCCCACUGAGAAGGUUUUCCUGGCUCAGAAGAUGAUGAUUAGCCGCUGUAACAGGAUUGGAAAGCCGAUCAUCUGCGCCACACAGAUGCUGGAAAGCAUGACCAAGAAGCCUCGCCCCACCCGUGCUGAGAGCAGCGAUGUGGCCAAUGCCGUGCUUGAUGGUGCCGACUGCAUCAUGCUGAGCGGAGAGACGGCCAAAGGAGAUUAUCCACUGGAGUCUGUGCGAACACAGCACCUGAUCGCCCGUGAAGCUGAAGCCGCAAUGUUCCACAGGCAAGUUUUUGAGGAGCUCCGUCGUACCUCCCACCUAACCCGUGACCCCACUGAGACCGUGGCCAUUGGCGCUGUGGAGGCUUCCUUCAAAUGCUGCGCCAGUGCCAUCAUUGUCCUCACCAAGACUGGCAGGUCUGCCCAACUGCUGUCCAGGUACAGGCCACGUGCUCCUAUCCUGGCCGUGACCCGUGAGGGACAGACGGCUCGACAGCUGCACCUGUACCGCGGUGUCAUCCCCAUCUUCUACAACAAGCCUGCCAAUGAUGUAUGGGCUGAAGAUGUGGAUCUACGCGUCAGCUUCGCCCUAGAGCUGGGCAAAGCCCGAAAGUACUUCAAGUCUGGUGAUCUUCUGAUCGUGGUCACAGGUUGGCGUCCGGGCUCUGGCUACACCAACACUAUGCGUAUUGUUGUGGUACCUUGAGCACAGUCUCAUGGACUAUUUAUCGAAUGUUCAUCAUUCAUAAGUCACAAAAUAGCUCUGUGAGUCUAACAACAUUUCCAAAAGUUUUUGAGUGGUGCCGUCAAACGUUUAAGGCGUCACAGAGCUUCUUUAACCUUUUCCAUCCCACUGCAGAAUUGUAUUCAUCAGCCCUCUUACAGUCACAAUUUUUGUAAUCUUUAAGUAUCACAAGACAACAUAAUUCCAACAUUUUUCCCUGUAAGUUAUUUUGUGUGUUUUGUUUCUUUUAUUCGGAAACAAUUAAACAGUGGAUCAUU